AUGGAGCUUUACAAAAAAAUCACCGAAAGCAUCUAUAUUCGCGAUGGUAUCAUCUAUCGUGGUAAUGACGCUAUCUUAGCAAAAGAAGAAUCCGAGGUCGAAAAGCAAGUAAACGAAUUGAAAGCUUCACUCGAAAAUAUUGCUGAUAGUGCUUUAUUUGAUUCGAAUAACCCAAAUUCAUCUCUAUCAUGUUCCGCUAAUGGCGGAACCGGUGGAGGCAAAGGAGAUGGUGAAGAUGAUAGGAAAAAUGGGGAGGAUGAUGGAAAAAAUAGUGGAGAUAAAAAAGGUGAUGGAGAUGGCAUCCGUGAUAAUGUGAUUGGAAAUAAUAAUAAUAUUAUUAUAUCAAAUUUUAAUCCGAGAUGGUCAGAGAAUGAUAAUAUUGAUAUUAAUGUUAAGGGCAAUGAAAGGACUUUCCGUCAUAAUGUGGACGGAAAAAAUAAUAAAAUGGCAAUGUACACUUUAGAUCCAACCGGGAUUAAAAAUCAAUUGAUCAACGUUAAUGUUAGAGGCACCGAGAAACACAUGCACGAAAAUGUUUUUGGCAAGAACAACGAAGCGGACAAGUUUCAGGCAAAUGGAGUUUUAGUCGAUAACCAAGUAUUAAGCGGCAAUGUUAAGGGCAUCGAGAUGAACGUCCAUGAUAACGUUUUUGGACGGAACAACAAAGUGGUUAAGUUUCAAGCAAGUGGGAUUUUAGUUGAUAACAAAAUGUGUAACAUUGAUGUUUCGGCUGCUCAGGCGGAAAUUAAAGGUAAUAUAGUCGGAGAUAACAACAAGGUGGAUUCACUGAAUAUUGAUGCUACCGGGAUUAAUAAAAAUUUAAAAAAUAUUAAUACUAUAGCUGGAAAGGUGGAACUUAAUGAUAACGUGGUUGGAGAUGAUAACGGUGUGAAUAAACUCGACUCAAGAGUCAUUGGGAUUAAUAACAAUAAAGACAACAUCAAUUUCACAGGAGCCGAAGUUACAGCAUAUAAUAAUGUGAUCGGAAACAGGAAUAAUGUCAAUUUCUUCAGGAUAAACACAAGCGCAGUUGAAAACAAUUCUAGAAAUGUUACUUUUCACGAGAAAAGCGUUAAUAAAAAGAUAAUUGGAAAUGAAAAUCGAGUAAAUCUGAUCAAUGUUGAUAUGGAUUUAAUCAGGAAUCAAGAAUCGAAUAUAGAAUAUAAGACGGUAAACAAUCACGAAAGUACAAGUGGAAACAACAAUAAAGUAAAUUCCUUUGAUUUUGAUUUAUGUGCGCUUGAGAGACAAGUUAAUAACUGCAGUAUUACAUCGGAGAAUGAAGAUCAUAAAGAUAAUGGAGAUAAUAAUGGAAAAAUGAAUGUGAGAGGAAAAUUUACUGCGGCAAGCAUACAAAGGGGAAAUCUCAUUAUUGGCGAUAAAAAUGAAACAAAGUUAUCCGCAACUGUAAUUGGAGCUGGUGAGUCUUCAGGAAACAUAUGCAUUAGCAAACCAUCAUUUGGCGUUGACAUAGGUAUCAGCGGUCAACGUGGCUUUGGGAAUAUAGACAUUGGUACUCGGUUAAAUUUAAAUAUUGGUCUUUCCUUCGGCCUUGGAAUACCAUUUUUGGGGUCAGGAGGCAAAAAUGAAGGUGAUCGUAAAAGUGAUGGGCUUCAAAAACGUGAUAGUAAUGAACAACGACUCCAGCAUGAAAGCGCUCAACGUGAUGAAUCCCAAUGUCCCCAAGAUGGGAACUCUCAAUAUGAUAGUACGCAAGAUAACAACAUCCAACGCCAACGUAAUGGUGCUCCACGUUCUCAGGUCCAACGUCCCCAAGACGACAGUGUUCGACAUAAUGGCACUCAAGAUGACAACAUCCAACGUAAUGGUACUCCAAGUCCUCAGGACGAAAGCGCUCAACGUAAUGAUUCCCAGUGUCUCCAGGAUAAAAAUUCUCAAUCUGGUGGUACUCAAGAUAACAAUGGCAGCAUUCAACGUGAUGGCACUCAAGAUAACAAAGUCCAACUUAAUGGUGCUCAACACACUCAAGAUGGUUCUCAGAAACGUGAUGAAAGUGACAAUUCAAGUUUGGAUAGAGGAAAUACUAAUGGAGGAAAUAGGUCAUCAUUUAUUUCACAGGUUUUUGGAAGAUAUGAAUCUUUAGGCAGAAAUGGUUUCCAACUUUUUUCUUCUAGCGGUGAAAAUAAUCUUAUUUCCACAGAAGAGUUCGGAUACAUCAACAAUAACUCAACUUCCAGAGGUCACUUAUCCUCUAGUAAUGAAGUUCAUUCAUCUUCCGUUUUCUUAACUAGUAGCGGUAUUUCGUCGCCCUCAAUUGUCAGCAAUAUUCCUUCAUCAUCAUCCUUUUCUUCAUCUUCUACUGAUGGUGAUAUUUCCUCGCCUUCUAUUGCCAGUAAUGUUCCUUCAUCUUCCAUUUUCUUUACUGGUACCGACAUUUUCUCUCCCCCUAUUGUUAACAAUAGUCCAUCAUCAUCUACUAAUGACGAUAUUUCCUCGUCUUCUAUUGUUAGUGAUGCUCAUUCAUCCUACCUUUCUUCAUCUUCUAUUACAAGCAAUAUUACUUCAUCUUCGAUUUCUUCACCUUCUAUUUCUAGUAAUAUUCCUUUAUCUUUCAAUUCAUCCUCUGUUGCUUCAUCCCCAGUUCCCUCGUCUUCCUCAUCUUCCAUUGGUAGCAAUAUUUAUUCGUCCUCUAUUGGUAGAAAUACUUUCACAUCCUCUACUAGAAGAAGCAGCAAUAUCGAUUUAUUCCCCUCUACGCCCAGUCAAGAUUCUACACAGGCAGAUCACGACCACCCUCUGAGGUCAUCUCCGAGUUCGAAAUUUAAAAAUGACAAUACAACUAAUUCUAGUCGCAUUGGCUUGCAAUCAAAUAAUGAUACAAGAACUAAUGAGAAAGUAAACCCACAAAACCAGACGGCAUUCGAACGAGCUUUGGUUGGUGUAAUUCAAGAAAAUCCACGGUUGGCUAUGGCACUUUAUGAUCCUCAAACUUCUACAGAUCAGCCAACUAAACCUUCAGAAGGAAAAGCCUCAGACUCCAAAUCAAAGCCCGUUGAAUCUUUUAAACCAAGUGACCUUAAAUCUCUCAUCGAAAUGCGUGUCCGUCGCGCUAAAGCCGCUACAAAUAGAAAUAAAGAGGGCAAUGAUACUUCCUCUUCCAACGAGGGUGAUGGUGGAAAAAAAGUGAAACGCCUGAAAGGCAAUGUGUUUAGUUUUGCCAGCUAG